AUGAACGGCCUCAUGCUCCCCACCGGGAGCAAGCCGCCCCUCACGGGCGACACGGCAACCUCGGACCGUGGCCUCGCUACCUCGCCAUCGGCACAGGUCAAGCCAGAGAUCGGCUUCGGUGCCGCCGCUCCUGGUCAACCGUCACCCAGCGCCCAUCCUGCACCGCAUCGCAAGCUAUCGGCAUCGCCACCCCACUCUGGCCGCAUCGUCUCCGGCGGCGGUGCUGGCGCGGGAGCACGGUCGGCCGCAUCGCUCGCCUUUAUCCCGAGGACCUUUCGCUCGUCGGCCGGCAUUCGCAAGCCGCUCUCGCGCUGCUCCGAGUUUGAGCUGGCCGACAUGCUGGAUCGCAACGAGCGCAUCCUUUCGACACCCCUGCCCACCGUCCCCGCCCAAGAGCCCGCCACGCCCGCCGCGCAUGCUCGCCGAGAGGCCCAGAGCCGGGCGCGGGAGCGCCUGCGCAAAGAGACCGACGACAUUCGCAGAGAGCUGCUGGCCAAGCGUGGCGUGCGGCAGAUCCAGGAGGACAUGAGCCAAUGGCACGUCGAUGGCAGGGCGGCGGGCGCCAUGUCCAAGGAGGCGCUGGCCGCUGCCAUGGGCAAGCUCAGCGUCCGGGCCGAUCGCCCGUCUGCCAGCAGCGACUUGGCUUGUUCCUCGUCGUCGAAUGACGGCGGUCACGUCGCCUGCAACGACUCGCUGGCGUGGCAAAGGGACACGGUCGGCGUCAAGAAGAGGCUCGCAGAGGAGGUUCCGACGUUCCACGGCUUGAGACUGCAGGAGACGCUCGCGCUCGAGUCGGCCGCCCUGGUCGCCGAGAUGGACCGCGAGCGGCGGGCCGAAGAGGUGCGAUCGACCAACGGACGCGAGCGGACCGUGGCCAACAGCCUCCCCGCCGGGCCCGCCCACCGCCUCGGCCGCAAGUCGGUCUCGUCUGCCAGCAACACGUUCCGCCGGGGAUCCGGUUCGCCGAUCUUUUCGGGCGGCGUUGGCAUCAAGGCGGAGGAGGGCAGCGAUGAAGAGGUCGGCGACAACGACGGCGACGACGACGAUGCGGAAGAGCAGCGGCGGACCGUCUCGCCAUCCGAUUUUUUCGAAGACGGAGAUGGCGACGGUGCCGGCGGCGAGGGUGAGGGCGAGCUGUACGAGGAGAUGGUGUUCGAGGACGAAUUCGAGUAG